UUAAUUUAUCAGUUUGUAUUUUCUAAGAAGUAAUUUCUCAUUUUAAUUGCAUAGUUUUAAUCAAAUGGAUGGUUGGAUGGAUGAUUCAUCAUGGUUACUCUUUCACUUUCGAGCAGCAUAAAAGAUAUUGAAAGAGGACCGGUCGAAUAAGAAGCAUAUGUAAAAGUUAGUUUUAGUUUCAAGGAUUUCUUCCAUUGGCACAGCGCAGGAUCGGAUUCCAUAAUCCAAUAGCCAAAUACGCAAAUAUGGGGUUAUAAUUAAUGUGGAAUACUAAAACUAGCUAGCUGGAGUGGGGAAAUUUAUUCAGAUGAGACGAUAAACACAAUGUCUAGUGGUAGUAGCAGCGGCAGAAGGAUAAUACAGGAGUUGACUGUUCAGGUUCUGAACUUGUCUCCCAAGGUCACUGCUGCUGACCUUGAUCACUUCUUCUCUUAUUGUGGAAACGUCCAGGAACUCUGCAUCUUCAGAAAUAAAGACCAGUCCUUCAGUCAGUACUCUGCUUUAGUGACAUUCGCCCACCCUUUUGCUUUUCAAACUGCUCUUCUCCUUGAUGAUGCCAUCCUCGCAGACCAACCAAUUCGCGUAUUGCCUGCCCUGGAUUUAGCAAUUCCUAUUAUUUCUGAUGAUGACUACGCCAGCAGUACCACUCUCCAGAGGAAAAAGAUCCAAUCAAAAAAGGAAGGAAUAGGAUUCAUCCCGAUACUGCAGAAUAUAGCUUCUGAAAGCAUUGACAUAUUGAACAAGAGCAAAGACAUGUUGGAGGAAAACUACAAGGUCUCAGCUGCCAGAGGUAGAGCGGUGGUGGAGCACACAACAUCAGCAAUAUCAUCAAUCAUCACCAACCACUCUAACUCUAUACCAACCAGCGCAGCAGAUUGGCUGUCUGAUGUAAUAGACAAGGCCUCCAAGCGUGCCUCUGGAUCUCACAACUAAGAAGACCGACAACCUCAACUCCAGAAAGUAGAAAUGAAUUCACCCUCCUCUACCUGCUUCCGCCUACCUACCCACCUAUUGCACUUGCACUUAUACUGAUUAAGGAUGUGCUUCUUUUUUCUUUUUUCUGUUUUUUCAUUUCGUUCGCUGGUUUUAAAAGCAUAACAUACAGAAACUCUUAAAACUUAUGCUUAUAUGAGUUUAUGAGACUUUUUAAUAUUUUGGAUGAAGUAUAAUGUGAUGUACUUAGACAAUGAGAAUUCUGGUUAAAGAAUUUUUAUGGAGA